UUUCUACUUGUUCGCCUCGCUGCCUCUCGCGAGCGAUGCGCACAUCUGAGGAGGAGUAGCGCGAUGGCGGUCAAAGCUGUUCACUGCAACCUGAGCCAGAAUGGCAUCGACCACCAGAUGUGCCCGGAGGACAUGACGUCACAGCCGGAGGAAGAGGAGGAGUCGGUGGACGCGGGGGGCUCGGUGCUGCCGGACGACGACAGCCCGAGCUACCGGGACGUCAGCCCGCCCAUGUACCGGGGGCGCCCGCCGCCACACCGCUCCGUGUCCGAGUCGGAGCUGUCGCGGCCAGGAUACGUGAAGCUGUCCAAGCCCGUGGCGCUGUGGACCCAGCAGGACGUGUGCAAGUGGCUGAAGAAGCACUGCCCCAAUCAGCACCAGAUCUACAGCGACUCCUUCAAACAGCACGACAUCACAGGGCGGGCUCUGAUGAGGUUGACUGACAGAAAGCUGGAGCGAAUGGGCAUCAUGCAGGACGUCCAGAGGCAGCACAUCCUGCAGCAGGUCCUGCAGCUCCGCGUCCGGGAGGAGGUCAGGACCCUUCAACUCCUCACACAAGCUUCUCUGGAGUGCAGUCCGUCUUCCCCGUAGCCCGACCGAGGAGGCGAGGAGGAAUACUCGAGUCGCAGGAGGAGGCCGACCCCUCCACCCUGGGGCGAUCUCUGCUCUCCAGUCUCACUCCUUUAGGCUCCGCCUCCUCUGCCUCGUCCGAUCUGGAAAAAGAGAAGAAGAAAAGAGAAACGUCUUCCCAGCCACUCCUGAGAAAUCUCCCACGAGUUCUGACUCGCUCUUUUUUCUCUCCCCUCCCAGCCCAAACGAUCCCUCCCAGCUUCCUGGCAUCCGACCAAUCGUUGCCGUGGCAGCCGUCCCGUCUCCAGUCACCGCCGACCUCCCACCAGGCCUCUCACGCUAACACUCCUACACGCCUCUCAGAACCACUUCCCUCUCCACUCCCUCUAGAUCCACGCCUAAAAGACCCCCCGACUCCCCUCCUCCUGCCUCCCAACACUUAACCUACCCAGAAUGCAUCACUUCCCUUGGCUGGAUUUUCCUAAAAGCAUUUUUAACUAAGAACUGGCACCUAUAAUCCACGUCUUUAUCCAAACGCGGCCUCUCGGCACACCCCGGUUCCCCCAAAUCUGAUAUAUAUAUAUAUAUAUAUACACUACCGUUCAAAAGUUUGGGAUCACUUAGAAAUGACUUUAUUUUUCAAAGAAAAGCACUUUUUUUCAAUAAAGAUAACAUUAAAUUAAUCAGAAAUACACUCUAUACAUUGUUAAUGUGGUAAAUGACUAUUCUAGGUGGAAACGUCUGGUUUCUAAUGACAUAUCUCCAUAGGUGUAUAGAGGUCCAUUUCCAUCAACUAUCACUCCAGUGUUCUAAUGGUACAUUGUGUUUGCUAAUCGCCUUAGAAGACUAAUAUCUGAUUAGAAAACCCGUGCAAUUAUGUUAGCACAGCUGAAAACAGUUAUGCUGGUGAUAUAAGCUAUACAACUGGCCUUCCUUUGAACUUGAAGUUUGAAGAACAAAAUUAAUACUUCAAAUAUUAAUCAUUAUUUCUAACCUUGUCAAUGUCUUGACUAUAUUUUAUAUUCAUUUGAUAAAUCAAAGUGUGAUUUUUCAUGGAAGACACGAAAUUGUCUGGGUGAUCCCAAACUUUUGAACGGUAGUGUAUAUAUAUAUAAAUAUAUAUAUAUAUACUGUGGAGACAUUAGACCCUCAGUGGCGGCGACCCACAAUAUAUGAGCCCUCUUCUUCCCUUAUUCUCCCCUGUGUGCUCUCCUCCCUCUGCGACCCCUCUCUGUGACCUCUGUGAAAGCAGCCACAAGUUUGCCGGGGGGGGGGGGGGGGGUGAACACGACGUUCCUCUGUGCCCCUAAAUGUCCUGUGUAUAGGUGAACCACGGAAAGACGGGGAAGGGACGGAAAGACGGGGAAGGGAGUGGCUGAAGGACUCGACUGGAAACUCUUUGCGGCCGAUGAGGAGAGGAAGAAAACGACAUCACGGAUAACAAAAGAGGCUUUCGCUCUCACACAUCCUCCCCUCUGUAUCGCCGACCCUUUCUAUUGCUUUGUCCGCUCUCCCAUUACUCGCGGCUCUGAACUAUUUUUAGAUGAGAAGCAUCGGAAAAAUAGUGUCGGGGGGAAAAAAAAGGAGACGCAAAAAAGCUCAUCGUGGAAAUGUUGUCCGACAGUCUUUUUGGAAGAUCUCCUCUUUAUCUGUGAGAGGGGGACACUCAAAAUCUCUGCUGCCGAUGUGAAUAAUGGCCGCUCGCUGUUGAUGCUCUGGGGAUUUGAACUGCACUAAAAGCACGAAACAAAACAGCUGCUCCUCCCCUUCGCCCCGCCGGAGUGUGUAAACGCAGCGCGUGCGACCCCGUGGCGACCUCUCGGGAUCAGAUGCUGAUUCCACCGGAGAGAUAUUCGUCAAAAGCUCGAAUCCACGGCGGUGUAGCAUGAGCUGUUGUCAUGGUAACAACAUAUUUCCCACUUCGUGGAUGGGAGAUGUCAAUCAGAGGUGGAUAAAAUAUCUGUUGUGGGUGGAAAUGGGGGUGGGGGGGUGUGGGGGUCAGCGUGUGCCCCAGAGAGCCCUCGCGCUCUAAUGGGAUUCUCUCGGUACACGAGUCCCUCCGUGUCCGGCCAUUCGUUGUUUGGAGAGCAGCUGUAGCCUAAUGCGGCCGAGACCCCGAGAGCAGAUUGAAUAUUAUUGAUCAGCUCUUUGGGACGUACGGUCGUGUGUGUGUGUGUGUGUGUCUGUGGAGUUGUCCGGGUUAAAACACAAGUGGCUAUUUCACGGUCGAGCGGAGAUGCCGUGUCCGUGCCUGUCAAGGCCCCACAGGGGGGGGGGGGGGGGGGCGGGGCCUGAAGCUUCCGCUGAGUUUGUAAUCACUGUCAAUAUGUGACCCGGGAGACGCCGGUUAGCGCUGGUGAAAUGUCGGAGAGCUUGACAGCCGGCUGCGAUGUGACUCUGUUCAUCAACACAACGAGAUGAUGAUGAUGAUGAUGAUGUUUUAAAACAUUCAAUGUAGCCUCUCUUUGUCAUGAAAGUAGUUUGACAUUUUUGGGAGACACACUUUGACUCCAGUUAGCGUAGCUUAGCAUAAAGACUAGAAACAGGUGGAAACAGCUAGCCUAACUCCAACACCUUCAAAGCUCACCAAUUUAAAAAGUAACAUCUCAUCCGUCUCUUUGGCAUUUGGGAAGUUCCAUGUUUUUUGGGAUGAAUCCUGACCGGUCCGGCUCUCACGUUCAAAUGUUUCGGACAAUAUCCCAGCAAAAGUUACGAGUUCUCUUGAAAACGUCUGCUUCUUCUCUCUCUCACCAAGAGCGAGGCGAUAUGAUCGAGACCACUGGUCCAUUCGUCGGCGAGCUUGGCCUGUAAAUGUCCACUUGACGCUCCAUUAGGGAGGAAAUCCCCAUCGACUUGUAAAAAGAAUAAAUACCCAACAUGUUUACAGCCUGGGACAAAAAGACAGUUUUCCACUCAUUUGAAUCGAUAGAGCCCGACUCGCUCCCAGAGCGUAUGCUAAGCUAAGUGAGCUAGCUGCGGACAGACGUGAGAGUAAUAUGGACCGUCUCAUCUUAAAGACUAAAUACUCCCAAAUACCACAAAGUUUUGCUCGGACCCAGAAAGAAAGAAGCCAAACAGAACCGAGGUCCGUCGGGGAAGAAGAGCACAAGGCCCACUUUUUUUUUCUUUUUCCUACCUUUUUUUCUUUUUGUGAUCUUACAGCAUAUCAACCCACUUGCGUUGAAUUUCAUCAUAUUUCUGAUUGGCCCUUAAAGAAAUAAAAUUUUUCGGGAGGGUUUCUCUCUUACGACCCGUUUCAAUGUGGCUGUACUGGAUUAUUGGAAGCUCUCGUUUCAGAAUGUAUUCUCCCGAAGCUUCUUUGCAAUUUAUCUUUUUCACAAAUACCACACACGCGGUGUAAACUUUGGGAUUUGCUUGGAACUAAAGACACAAUUUAGCGGUGUGUUUAACCCCGCGUGUUCAGAGGUUUUUGUACUAAAACCUCUCUAACUUUGUCCUGCUUCACUUUUUCAAAGUCAAACUUUGCAGGGAGAAUGUUAACACAUUUUAAUAUGAUGUGUGAGAGUUUUAAACCUUUCAACUGCCUCAUUCCAAACAUAUAAUCAUCCUGGAAGGGCUUUUUUUUCCAAUUCGGACCUGACAUUUUUAUAUUUCUUUCUGUCUGCCAUCUUCAUUUCCUCUUACCCAGGAACAUAUCGACUGAUAUGUACACAUCUGAACAAAUGUAAACAUGAUUAAAAUAGCCCUAGUGGUUGCAGAGAUACAGCCUUUUUAGUUUGGAGAUGCAAUUUUCGAAGCAGAGGCCUAAAAAAAGCUCCGUGCUGAAAAGGUUCAAACACAGAGUCCCCGUCGCCGCUCUCCGGGCGAGUCUUCCUGUUCCCGACAUGCUUUGGUUUCUGGCUCCGGUAUCUGGUUAGAACCAGAUCGGCCCGCUGCGCCAAGUUGUCCAAAGACUUGCCUGAACUGGCUCAGUACGUGCGAGACGUUUUUGUUUGGCACGCACCCCCUCAGACGCCGGUACACGGUUACACAAGGGACCGUCCUGUCCAACGCUGUUGCACAACCGCUGUCACACACGUUGGCACACACACACACACUCAUUCAUUCAUCAUGGUCUGAACAUUAUAUUGCCCAAUAAAUUAAUGGUAAAAAGCUGUCCGAGCCGCCCGCAGGUUUCCGUAAAGUAUGCGUAUAAGUAAAUGUGUAAAGAAACAUGGAUGACUCCUCACCACACAGACGAUUUAUAUCUUUAUUUAUUUACUUUCUCUGCCGUGUUGACAGCAUUGUUCCGAGUGGUGUGUUUUAUUUUGUACCCAACAUGCAUGCAGACCACGUCUCUCCUCCCCACCCGUCACACUGGAUACGGGGCCUAAUGAUGGAUGUUGAUGACAAUAUUGACAUCAUGAGUGUGUAUAAUAAACAAAAAUAAUCUUCACG